CGAGAAUAUACGGCUUUCCCAGGAUCAACGAAUUCCCUCAUUUGCAUCUAUUUAUUUUCGAUAUACCUGUCCAUCAUGUCUGCACAGAAAACACAGAAAGACAAGUCCAAAGUCCACAAGCUGUCCUUGAAGGGAUCGGCAAAGCUCGUGGCAGAAUUUUUUGAAUACUCUAUCAACUCGAUCCUCUUCCAGCGAGGAGUUUACCCUCCAGAAGAUUUCACGACUGUGAAGAAAUAUGGCCUCAAUAUGCUCGUGACGGCCGACGAUCAGGUUAAGGCUUAUAUUAAGAAAAUCAUGUCACAAUUGAACAAAUGGAUGAUCGGUGGUAAAAUCUCAAAAUUAGUUGUGGUUAUCACCAGCAAGGAGACUGGGGAACACGUGGAGAGAUGGCAGUUCGAUGUUCAGAUAUUCGGGAAACAUGCGAAGGCCUACUCUUCGCGGAAGUCUGCAGAUAAGGAGAACGCCAAUCCAGAAGACACGGAAUCUCAGACAAAGCCCACUGUCGAGAAAACAGAAAAGGAAAUUCAAGACGAAAUCCAGGCAAUCUUCCGCCAGAUCACUGCCUCAGUUACUUUCCUCCCGGUCCUGGACGGAGAUUGCACAUUUAAUGUUCUCGUAUACGCAGACGCAGACUCUGAGGUGCCGGUCGAAUGGGGCGAUAGUGAUGCGAAGGAGAUCAAGAACGCAGAGAAGGUACAGCUAAGAAGCUUUAGCACGAACAACCAUCGUGUGGAGACUUUGGUGAGCUAUCGGCUUGCCGAUUGAUCGAGGUUCGGAAUCAGUUGGAACUGUUUUUAAGGGCGUUUUGGAGUUUGAGAGAAGGACUUUUGGGACUCCAUGAGACAAUGUUUUUCAAACUCUUAAUGGCUUUGCGUCUCUUAUGAGACAAUGUACUAGGAUAUCUAGCGCUCUCACAGAAUGCGUCCAUAGUGACGGGUAUGAACUACAAUAAUUUGACGCAGUGCUAUAUCGAAGGGUAUCGUUUACUUCAAGACUCUGGAUGUCAUGCAUUACUAUACCAAGGCAACUCCUUCAUCCUUGGAAACCAGUCAUUACCGGUCUCUCCUCCAUUCCAGCAAAUUAAUUCCCUCACCACAGGUUCCAAAUCAACAGUAACAAAAAGCUCCUCCUCCAUCCCCGAAUGCCACCCUCUUUUGGCCCUUUUCCCUGCCAACCUCGUUCCGACUCCGUAUAGAUCUUCUCUCCAGAGCCCGAUCCCGCUUCUUUCCUCACCUAUACUCAAGUACUCCUUGGAUGUUACAUCUUCAGGCGGAUUGAUCCCGAUCACAGCUAUUCUCUGAUCGGAAACAGAUAUGCGGCCCUCACCCUCCCUCUUGGACAGUGGGAUUAGCCCCACGGCGGGGAAGUGGCAUUCCAUGAACCGUUUCCUUUUGAACUCAUGCGUGACGACUGUUACCUUCUUGGGGUAAGAGCCUGUGUGUUCUUUGAAGCGAACCAGGGAGAAGAGCACAUUUUGAUAGGAAUCAGUAGCGUGCGUUUCAGCAAUGAGUCGAUCCGGACUGAUGCUGGAUGAGUGUGAAAAGAGAUUGUUAUCCUUGGCGAGGUUCUAGUUGAAAUUGUUUCAGUUAAUCAUUGUAACUCUCCACUUCAGAAGCGUCGUCUUCUCCUUACUAGGUAUGAUUCGCCCUCUCUGA